AUGUUCAGACGUGUCCAUCACAGAACUGGAAAACGAUAUUGUUCUUCAUGUAUUUUUUCAUGUUUUAUCAUUGUAUGCAGUACUAUUAUUAUUCAACGUACUUUUGUACAUGUAAAAUACUUAAAAUGUGUUCCUAUAAAUCCUGACGAUGAAAUCAUCGAUCGUCAAAAUGACUGGAAAUAUCAAAAUAGUAUAACUGGAACUUGGUAUCGUUGGGGAACAACUGAUGAAAAACAAAAUCAUCAUAUAGAAUGGCGUGUCAAUUGGUUGAAUGUUGCUCCGGCAUCAUAUCUCGGUGUUAUUGUCUACUUAACUACGCGCGAUGAGCUCAAUUCACUUCAUACAUCACUUGCACAACUAUCUCAUUUACUAUCAAAUAACCCUCGGCCUGUAGUUAUUUUUCAUGAAGGUGAUUUCAAUGAUACUAAUAUUCAAAAAUCUUUAGCUAAAACGCUAGGUGAUCGUACUCCAUUAGGUUUUGAGUGUAUUCAGUUUUCUAAUAGUUCACAUCAAACUCGAUUUAUUCAUCGUCGAUUGUCACAUAAGUAUUUCCAUAUGUGUCGAUUUUUUACUAUAAUGCUUCCAAAUCAUCCUUUAUUAACAUUAUUCUCAUUGUAUUGGCGACUCGAUUCACAUUCUUAUAUAUUUGGACCUAAACCUAUAGAGGAUCCAUUCGAAAUUAUGCAAAAAAGACAGAUUCAAUAUGCUUUCAUUAUGGUUAAUGAAGAAGCUGAUCAUUAUGCUACUGGAUUAUUUGGACUUUUUAAUGAAUUUCUUAAUGAGCAUUGUUUGAAAUUGUCACCAUCAGUCCGUCAAACACAAAUUACUUGGUUCGGUCGAUAUUCACUUGCGAUGAUUUUUACAAAUUUUGCUCUUGCUAAUGUUUCUCUUUUUCGUGAUCAUUCAUUAAUAAGAGCUUGGCUUCAUAUGGUCGAUCGUAAUGGGGGUAUCUAUAGAGAGCGAUGGGGAGAUGCACCUAUUCAUACAUUAAUUUUAACUCAAUUAAUUUCACGAAAUCAUAUUGUACGUCUAAGAUAUUUUGGAUAUAUGCAUCGACAGGAAUAUACCUGUGCUAGUGGCGUACAAGAAGAUUUAUGUAAACAACAAGUGCAACCAUUCUUAAAAAAUACUACUCUUCGAUAUUACCACUAUCAAGAUGGAUGUUUUCCAUCGAAUCAAAAUCUUUUAUGUCAUUAUUAUCCUGAAAUUAUAUGA